CACCGGGGCCGGGCGAUGAUCCGGGGCGCGGAGGCGCCCAUGGCGGACAAACCGCCGCAGCCGCCGCCCGUCAUCUUCUGCCACGACUCCCCGAAGCGGGUGCUGGUGUCGGUCAUCAGGACCACCCCGAUCAAGCCCACGUGCGGCGGCGGGGGGGAGCCGGAACCGCCGCCGCCGCUCAUCCCCACCAGCCCCGGCUUCAGCGACUUCAUGGUGUACCCGUGGCGCUGGGGCGAGAACGCGCACAACGUGACGCUCAGCCCCGGGGCCGUGGGGGGCGCCGCCUCGGCCGCCUUGCCCGCCGCCGCCGAGCACCCGGGACUCCGAAGCCGGGGCGCGCCCCCGCCCGCCGCCUCGGGAGGUGAAGACGAGGAGGAGGCGAGCAGCCCGGACAGCGGCCACCUCAAGGAUGGAAUCCGACGUGGCAGACCCAGAGCAGAUACUGUCCGGGAUCUAAUAAAUGAAGGAGAGCAUUCAUCCAGCAGAAUCCGUUGUAACAUCUGUAAUAGGGUAUUUCCACGAGAGAAAUCGCUCCAGGCUCACAAAAGGACUCAUACAGGUGAGAGACCCUAUCUGUGUGAUUAUCCAGACUGUGGAAAAGCCUUCGUUCAAAGUGGACAGCUCAAAACACAUCAGCGUCUUCACACCGGAGAGAAACCUUUUGUUUGUUCAGAAAAUGGCUGCCUAAGCAGAUUCACCCAUGCAAACCGCCACUGUCCGAAGCACCCUUAUGCCAGGCUCAAACGGGAGGAGCCCACAGAUGCUCUCAAUAAGCACCAGGCUGUGGACAACCAGGCUGCCGCUGAGUGGUUGGCAAAGUAUUGGGAAACCAGAGAGCAGCGUGCCCCCACCUUGAAAGGAAAACUCGUUCAGAAGGCUGAUCAGGAGCAGCAGGACCCUCUGGAAUUCCUUCAAUCCGAUGAGGAGGAUGACGAGAAGCGCGGUGCCCAGCGCCGGCUGCAGGAGCAGCGGGAGCGGCUGCACGGAGCCCUUGCUCUCAUAGAGCUCGCCAACCUGACCGGAGCGCCGCUCCGCCAGUAGCCUGAACUCUGACUCUUCCACUGUACAAAAGUACUGCCCAGCGUACUUACAAAGUAGAUCCUUGGGCAUAAGCUAAGCACCUUAUUUGCUUAUCAUAGGCUGCUAUUCUGUAGAAAUUUAUGAAGAAUGUCAUUGCCCCAUAAUAUGGGGUGAGAGAGAAUUGCACUUUUUUUAUAUGGUAAUGGAUUUGUUGUAAAGUUUAAAAUAUUUUGUAAAUACGGGACUUCUAGUACAGGGUAGAAAAGGACAUAUUGUGGGAAGCUAGAUUUUGCAAGUUUAAUGCAUUCAUUGGAAGCAGUUCUCACAGGAAGCACUUUCUGAAUAAGACACUUGUAUGAAAAAAACAAUGGUACAUGUAGCCAAAGAACGUUGAAAUAGAUUAUUUAUAAGAUCAUUAACAAUGUAUAUUAGUAUGUUUAACAAUACUGUAAACACUGAAGCAAGCCAGAAAGUAUAAGAUAUGUGUAUAAGAUACGUAUUUUUAAAUUGCAAAAUAGUGUGCCUAAUGAGAAGUGGAAAACUGACUAUUUUGGAAAAUGUUCUAGGUUGUGGACUUUGGAAGAAAAGAGAUACUUGAGGAUCUUGGUAAGAUGCACAGUAGUUGAGAAUUUUCAGAAUUGGAGUAAUAUCAGUCUUAUUCUAUUUUCCUGAGGCUUUACAACUCACUAUGAUGUUUAGGUUUGAAAAGCACUUGGCAUCCCUAUUAUGUUAACUUGGGAACUUUUGCACAUUGCAUAUUUCUCAUUUGCUGAAAUUGAGUGGUUAAUCUUGCAAAGUCUAGGUAACUUGGUGAUUGGGUUUUUUUUUGUUUUUUGUUUUGUUUUUUAAUUAUGGGCCCUGUAAUGAGAUUUGGCACUUGGAUUUUUAUUGAUAAAAGGGACAUCUACAGGGUUGUUUAGUAGUGAACUGUUUUAGAUCUUUUGUUAGCAAACACUAAAUUUUAAUUGUACUGCUUGUUUAGAAUUAUUAGCAAAUGGAAGCCUCCUAUUUAUAUUUUCAGUGCAUAAAGCCACCUUCUUGCUUUUACUUCAGAGUAACAUGCCAGGCUAUUUUGUGUUCACUAAAUUUAGUUAUCAGUUAAACACUGCAGAAAAUAUUAGCUACUCAGAUAAGCAGUUUUCUGGAAUAGGUUCGACUGCAAGUGUGUUAACUUGUGUGGUGGUUUUAAGCCAUUUUUCCAAAUGAAGUUUUUAAAUACCACUUUAUGUACUGAAGCAUGAACAGAAAAAACCUGAGCAGUUCACCUCCUUUAUGUAGGCAUAAACCUCCAUCAUUUAAGCUUUUGUUUUAGGCAAAAACUAAACAACAUGCAUAGCAUGAUAAUUUGAUAGAUUGCUUAAUUGGAGUAAACCUCAGUAAUGAGAAGGAAAUAUGGGCUCUUCAGCGCCUUUUUUUCCCCCUUUUUUGAAGUAGUAGCCUACAGAUGUAGUUUAAACAUUAUCUAAAAUGUAGGCUUCUUUAUCCAAAAAUCCCAGUGUGUUGCAGUACACACAUAGUUUAAAAUACGUAGCCAUGGGGAAGGGGUGGUUUGUAAAUGUCUUGGAAAGAAGCAAAAGUAUGAAAGAUGAUAGUAACAAAUAAUGUGUAUGAAUGAGGACAUACUUUAAAAAUGUAAUUCCUCUGUACAGUAAAUCACAAAUCUUGAGGGAUUUUUUUUGUAAUAAGAAUUUAUAUUUGUAAUGGUCUAAGAAUUUUGUUUGUAAUCUGGUAUAUAGAAUUUUAACUUGGAGCACUUAUAAGCACAGUAAGAGAUACUGUAGCAUCAGAAUCUUUAUGGGUUAGGCUUCAGCAUUUUCUCUAGAAAUUUUCCUCGAAUAUAACUUAAAUGAAAUAUUAAAAAGCAAUACUCAUCAGUCUUGGGAAAUUUAAAAUUUGAUGAACUUACCUAAAGGAAGGAAGGACAGUAAAAUUGUAUUAAAAAAUACAAGUACUUGCCAUUUCAUGGUUAAUAAAAUUUAAGGCCUUCAAAAAUAAGGGUUUUUAUUUGUUUGUUUUUCUGGUCAGCUUUCGUCAACUCUAAUAGUUAUAUUCACAAACAUUUUUUAUUUGUAUAAUUGGAAGUUUAAGAAAUUAUUACAACUAACUAUAGAAAUAUUUAAAAUGUUCUUUCUUGAUAUAAGCUAUAUACUUGGACAAAAUACAUUAGCAUCUAAAAUUUGAGGUGUGUUAAGACUGCUUUUUGUUUUAAAAAUGUGGUUUACAUUCAAAUUUUUGAAGUGUUUUAUGCUUCAUAUGGCUAAAUUGUAGGUUGGCAGAGAUGACAGCAUAAGAAUAAACAUGCUGUAAUUUUAAAAGAUGCUUUGAAUAAAAUUUUAUUUUAAUUUACA